AUGGAUCCUCGUCCCCCGUCGCUCAGUGACAUGGAAGAUGGACUGAAUGCGCAUACAUCCGAACAGUUGGACUCUCUGAAUCAAACAUCGCAUGACUCCGUUACCUCAUUCACCGCCACCCCGUCUCGAUCUCUCAGUACCAAGAAAGUCGGCACUCCUUUACCCGCCAACCUAUUACCCUCAGCGCCCGCAUCACCCCCGACACCAGCGCCUAGUCCGACCCCCCAUCAAAGACCACCGAACUGGCACACUGCCGACGACGAGGAGAAUGGCUUCUUGUUGAAUCUUCGCAUCCACUUCAGCACACUGUCGAACGCCCAGAAACAAAAACUCCUGGAGGGUCUCCUGGACGUAUGCGACAGCCAGCAGUUGAGUUUUGUCUCGAGCUACGUUGGUCCUCGAUUGAGAAAAGAUCCAUUUCAAGUCUUCCCCAACGAGUUAUGCUUAAGAGUCCUCUCCUUUAUCGACGAUCCCAAAACCCUCGCCCGAGCCUCGCAGGUAUCGAGACGCUGGCGAGAACUACUGAACGAUGACAUCACUUGGAAAAAUCUAUGCGAAAAACAUGCAUACUCAGUGCGUCGAGUCCUGGAAGACGAAGGAGACCUCGUCGACCCCUUCACCGCCCAUCCGGUGGACUCGGCCCCCGGCGCACGCACCUUCGGCGGGAUGCAGAGGCGCUUGACCGCGUCAAAUGGCCAUUCGACAGAGAGUGCGCCGGAACUUCCCCGCACCCUCUCCGGAGAAUGGUUACCUCCAACUAGCUUUCCUUCGCGCAGACGUCGCACCCGACCAGUCUCUUACCGCUCCCAGUUCAAGCAGAAGUACAUGGUUGAGUCGGCGUGGAAUAAAGGUGGUCGGUGCACCCAGCGCCAUAUCACUCCGGAUCAGGGUGUGGUGACGAGUCUUCAUCUCACUCCCAAGUAUAUCGUGGUAGCCUUGGAUAAUGCCAAGAUUCAUGUCUACGAUACCAACGGGGAUAACCAGAAGACACUUCAGGGACAUGUCAUGGGAGUCUGGGCCAUGGUGCCAUGGGAUGAUAUCUUAGUCAGUGGAGGAUGUGAUCGCGAAGUUCGAGUUUGGAACAUGGCUACUGGGGCCGGGAUCCACCUUCUUCGAGGUCAUACCUCCACAGUCCGUUGCUUGAAGAUGUCUGAUCGCAACACCGCCAUUUCUGGAUCGCGAGACACCACGCUCCGCAUCUGGGAUCUUGCCACAGGUACUUGUCGCAAUGUCCUCGUUGGCCACCAGGCCAGCGUGCGGUGUCUUGCGAUCCAUGGCGACCUCGUCGUCUCAGGUAGCUACGAUACCACGGCGCGGAUAUGGAGUAUUUCGCAGGGCCGCUGUUUGCGCACUCUCUCUGGUCACUUCAGCCAAAUCUACGCCAUCGCCUUUGAUGGCCGGCGCAUCGCAACCGGAAGUUUGGAUACCAGCGUUCGAAUCUGGGAUCCGCACACUGGUCAGUGCCAUGCCAUUUUGCAGGGUCAUACAUCUUUGGUGGGCCAGUUACAGAUGCGGGACGACACUUUGGUAACAGGUGGUUCGGAUGGCUCGGUGCGCGUCUGGUCCCUGACCAAGAUGGCACCUAUCCACCGACUUGCCGCCCACGACAACAGCGUGACUAGUCUUCAAUUCGACAAGACCCGCAUUGUCAGCGGUGGCAGUGACGGUCGUGUCAAGGUUUGGAAUCUUCAGACUGGCCAGUUACUUCGCGAGUUAUCUUCUCCCGCGGAAGCAGUCUGGAGAGUCGCUUUCGAAGAUGAAAAGGCAGUUAUCAUGGCGAGUCGAUCUGGCCGCACUGUAAUGGAGGUCUGGUCAUUCUCCCCACCACCAGAAGAGCACGACGACCCCGCCAUCGAAAGCGCUUCAUCCACGCCCGGCUUCAGCUCCGUCGACGAUAGCGAGCUAUCCGUUACCCCACGCCACCGCCUAUUCUCUGACCCCCCACCAUCCCUCCCAGGCAAUGACAGCGACUCACUGAUGCCCGACGCUCCUUCAUAA